AUGGAACAGCACCGACCGGUGCUGCAGCCACGCGAGGUGAAGUUCAGUGAUCUCGCAGUACGGUCCGGCGACUCACCGCCGAAAAGUGAACGCCGCGGUUUCCGCCCAACACCGCAGAAGACACACACGCAUGGGCCAAAAUCGACCACAAGCCGCGGUUCGCUCCUCCAAAUCCAACAAACAUCACUAUCACAACAACAACAAAUUCCUUUUGCACACCCACAUGAUGGCGAUGUGGAAAGUGACGACGACGACAAGCGCCGCGGACGACAAGGACCACGAGAUGGGGGUGCUGGUGCUCUUGUCGGUGAUGCAACGCACAUACACUCACAUUCACAUACACACAAUGUCAGAACACAUAAAGGAAAGAAUACCGGAAGAACGGCACGGUCAACAGCACCGGCAACAGCGGAAUUGGCAAACACCCGCAUGGAGAUUGCUGGAAGUGCUGUUUGGGCAGAGGAUUACGCCGCAGGUGCUGUAAAUGCACUGGCGGAACUGAGGAAUUGUGUAGCUGCUGAACGUCGCUUGAAGGAAGAACUUGCUAAAAUAAAUGCAGCAAAGUUGUUGGCGUUUCGAGGAGUUAUUAGUGUGUAUUUAGCUUCAGUUAAACAGUGUGGAAAACCCACAAUGGUGCGUCGCAAGGCUGGAGCGGAGUUUGCCCUUGCACAAUGCGCGGUAGUGGCCCAAACCCUCACUGUAACUAUUCAAAGUUAUGUUCGCGCUUUUCAAUCACGACGACUUACUGCCACUCGUUCCUAUAUUUCCCGUGGUGGAUUAACUUCUGAAAACUUCAAUGAGGAAUCGGUACGAAUGCCACAGUUUCAGAAUCGUAUAAAUAGUGAAGGAAGUAUACUCUCUGAAACCACGAGUUCACUGCAUGACCUCUUGGAUGAUGAGGAAAUCAGUCGUCUUAAGCAACUAUAUUUUGACUACUAUGACUGUGACGUUUAUGUCAUUCCGGGUACUCGAUCUGAUAGUAGUAUCCCACCGAAUGCAUUAUUGCUUAAUUCUCUUAGUGCUCAUGAUCCAUUUUUACCCGAAGAUGGUAUGAUUGAAAAAGCGUCCCUGUCUAGCUCCAGCAUAUCCUCUAUAGUGGAGUGA